CCCCAGGCCGCCCUCGGGGGCCUCCUCGGCGUCGCCAGCGCCCGCCUGGGCUCCAUGAAGACGCGCUUCGAGGGGCUGUGCCUGCUGUCCCUGCUGGUCAGCGAGAGCCCCAGCGAGGCCUUCCAGCAGCACUGCCUGGGCUGGCUCCGCCUCCUGCAGCACCUGCUCCAGUCCCAGGACCCACCUCCCACGGUGGCCCUGGGGGUCUCGGUGCUGCGGGAGCUGCUGCGCUUCUCGGCGCAGCUGCCGGAGCUGGCGCGGGACAUCGGCACCAACCACAUCCCCGGCAUCCUCACCUCCCUGCUGGCCCUCAGGCCCGAGUGCGAGCUCUCCACGCUGGAGGGAAUCAAGUCCUGCCUCUCCUUCUACCCCGGCGCCUGCGGCUCCAUGAGGGGGAAGCUGGCGGCGCAUUUCCUGUCCCGCAUCGACAGCGAGAGCCCGCGGCUGCAGCAGCUGGCGUGCGAGUGCUACGCGCUGCUGCCGGCGCUGGGCCGCGGUUUCUCGCAGGGGCUGCGGCACACGGAGUGCUGGCACCAGCAGCUGCAGGGCGUGCUGGCCACCCUGCACGGGCUACUGGGAGCCCUCUUUGAGGGCUGCGAGACCGACCCGCUCCCGUACGAGGGUCCCGGGGUGGAGCUGCUGCUGCCCCCGCCCCAGGAUGGCGACGCCGGGGGGGUCCUGACCCUGCACUCGAGGUUUUCGGGGCUCUGCCGCGUCCUCAGGCUGCUCCUGAGUAAGGAUUUCGUGGCCCCAGUCACCGUCCCAGUUCAGGACAUUCUGGACCUCAUUUGCCGCACGCUCAACGUCACCACCAAGAACCUGAACUGGUUUGGGGAGGGGCCCCUGCGGGGGCUGCUCCUGCCCCAGGUGCACCUGGACGCGCUCGACCUGCUGGGGGCGCUGCUGCUGGCGUGUGGAGCCCGCCUGGUGCGCUGGGGGUCCCUCCUGGGCCGCCUCUUCCCGCAGGUUCUGAGCUCCUGGAGCGGCCCCCGGGACCCUCCCCCCGGGCAGGAGAGACCCUUCGGGGCGGUGCGGAGCCGCCUGUACCAGGUGCUGGAGCUCUGGGUGCAGGUGGCCGGCGCGGCCUCGGGGGUCCUGCAGGGCCCCGGGACCCCCAGCGAGGUUCUCCUGGCUCACCUGCUCAGUGACAUCAGCCCCCCGAGCGAGGGGGCCAAGCUGCGGGCGGAGCCCAAACCCAGCGCCCCCAAAAGGCCCAAAUUGGGGGAGGGGCCCGAGGGGCCCCCCCUGCACCGCAAAGGGGAACCCGCGGCCAACAGCGACACCUGCGCCGCCGCCCUGGCAGCCCUGCGCAGGAUCGUCCUCACGGGGGGGUCCCUGAUCAAGGAGGAGACGCACAGGCGCCUCCAGGAGCUGGUGGUGCCGCUGGCGCUGCGGCUGCCCCAGAGCCUCCCCCUGGAGGUUUCGGGGGGCCCCCCCCCGGUGUCGGGGUCCCCCUACGCCAGCCCCCGCUGCCGGGGGGGGCUCUACGGGCUCCUGCAGGCGCUGCUGCUGGGGGCCCCCCCCGGGGCCGCGCCCCCCCUGCACUGCGCCCUGCGGGCCUUCGGCCAGGGCCAGAGGGACCCCGACGUGCAGCCCAAAAUAUCCCUGAAAUAUCCCCAAAAUAUCCCUGAAAUAUCCCUGAAAUAUCCACAAAAUAUCCCUGAAAUAUCCCCAAAAUAUCCCCAAAUUAUCCCCAAAAUAUCCUCAAAAUACCCCCAAAUCAUCCCCAGAAUAUCCCUGAAAUAUUCCCAAAUUAACCUCAAAAUAUCCCUGAAAUAUCCCCAAAUCAUCCCCAAAAUAUCCCUGAAAUAUUCCCAAAUUAUCCCCAAAAUAUCCCUGAAAUAUCCCCAAAUUAUCCCCAAAAUCCCCCCCAAAUCCCCCCUGCACUGCGCCCUGCGGGCCUUCGGCCAGGGCCAGAGGGACCCCGACGUGCAGGUCUCCUCUCAGUGCCGCGAGUUCCUGGUUCUCUCCAGCGCCCUCUGCCGCCCCUGGGUGCCGCCGCUCUCCUCCCCUCCCCCCCCCUCCGACCCCUCCCCCCGCUCCCCUCCCCCUCCCUUCCGCCCCCUCCCCCCUCCCCCCAACCCCUCCCCCUUCGCGGACACCGCCCCUCCCCCUCCCCCUCCCCCUCCCCCCGCGGGGAGCGGCAAGGCGGAGCCGCCGCCCCUCCCCCACCCGGGAGGGGUCUCUGGGGAGGGGCCGGGGGGGGGAGGGGCGGGCCAGCCGGGGGGUGGGGGAGGGGCGCGGCCGCGCCGCCCGGUGUUCGUGCACUACGAGCGCGAGGAGGCCUCGGACGUGGAGAUCUCGCUGGAGAGCGACUCGGACGAUUCCGUGGUGAUCGUGCCCAAAAAGGGGCCCGAGCCCCCCGAGAGGAUGGGGGGAGGGGUGAGCGCCCCUCCCCCACCCCCCCCACCGCCGCCCCCCCGCCCCCGCCCCCGCCCCCCACCCCCCCCGCGGCUCCCGAGCCCGCCCAGGAGGGGGAGGGGAGGGAGGGGAGGGAGGGGAGGGAGGAGAGGGGGAGGGGAUGGAAGGGGUGGGGGAGGGCACGGGGAGGUGGGGGGAGGGGCGGGGAGCCCCGCGGGGGAAGGGGGGGAGGGGGGGGAGGGGCAGGAGGGGGUGGGGGAGGGGCCGGCGGUGAUCAACAUCAACAGCAGCGAGGAGGAGGAGGAGGAGGAGGAGGAGUUCGGGGAGGAAGAGGAGGAGGAGGAGGAGGAAGAGGAGGAGUUCUUUGAGGAGGAAGAGGAGGAGUUCGAGGAGGAGGAGGAGGAGGAAGAGUUUGAGGAGGAGGAGGAGGAGGAGUUCGAGGAGGAAGAGGAGGGGGAGGGGCUCUCCGAGGAAGAGGAGGAGGAGGAGGAAGGGGGGGAGGGGCCGGCCGAGGGCGGUGGGGGAGGGGCGCUGCUCCUGAUGGAGGUGGACGAGACCCCGCCCGCCCCUCCCCCACCCCCCGAGGCUCCCCCCGAGCCCCUCCCCCACCCCCCGGAGGAGGAGGAGGAGGAGGAGGAGGAAGAGCCGCCCCGAGCCCACCCCGAGCCCACCCCUCCCCCACAGCCCGCCCCCGCCCCUCCCCCACCCCGAGGCUCCCCCGCCCCUCCCCCCGCGCUCGAGGCCGCCCCCAAAUCCCCUCCCCCCCCUGCCCCGCCCCCCGCGGGGGGUCCCAGCCCCUGCCCCUCCCCCCCCGCCCCUCCCCCCCCGCUGCAGGAGGAGCCCCCGGAGCCCCCCCCGGGCAAGGAGGAGCAGGAGCAGGACGAGACCACCACCAUGCUGGCCGACUUCAUCGACUGCCCCCCCGACGACGAGAAAACCCCCGAGACCCCCCUGUGAACCCCCCCGAACCCCCAAAUCCCGGGGGGCUCCCCCCAAAUAAACGCCGCCCCCUCCCCAAAUUCA